AGAGAGGCCAAUAAUUGAAAGCACUUUAGAAAAAGUUAAAAAGAGAGAGAGAAAGGAGAGGGGCAAUUAAUGAUAGAAAGCACUUUAAAAAAAGUAGUCCCUAGAUGCAAUCUUCCUUCACAGCAUAUUCGAUAUUCAUCUGCUGCGUUGAGUUUUCUGUGUGUUUGUGAUCCAUCUCCGGUUUAAAACCAGACUUGGUUGCAUCUCUGUUUCUACAAAUUUAUAAGCUUCGCUUCUUAGAGCAUAUUCGAUCUUCAUCUGCUGCGUUGAGUUUUGUGGUGUAAUUGGGACACAGUAGUAGCUAGAUUUCAUAUUCGAUCUGCUGCGUUGAGUUUUGUGUGUGUUUGUGAUCCAUCUCCGGUUGCAUGCAUCUCUGUUUCUACAAAUUUAUAAGCUUCUCUUCUUAGAGACAAGCACAGCCUGAUUUCAUCAUCAUUUUCCAUACCAUAUUCCAUCUUCAUCUGCUACGUUGUGUGUUUAAAACCAGACUUGGUUGUAUCUCUGUUUCUACAAAUUUAUAAGCUUCGCUUCUUAGAGGGAAAAAAGAGUUGAAAAUGGAAGUCAUUACUACUGUGGUGGGAAAGAUGGUAGAGGUACUUAGAGACCGCUUUUUGGCAUCCAUGGGCCGCCGAAUUGGUUAUGUGGUUCACUACAAGAAAAAUAUCGAGGAUCUCCAUGCUCAAGUCCAGAAUCUUAGAGGCGUGAAGGAGAGGAUUGAAGGAAAAGUUGAAACAGCCGAAAACAAUGGAGAAGUCAUUGAGAAAGACGUUUUGAAUUGGCUAACGGAUGUGAAUAAAAAGGAGGAAGACCUGAACAGAUUAUUGGCAAACAAUGAAAACAUCAAGUCAUGUUUUGAUGUUGGUUCAAGGUAUCGGCUUGGUAAGGAAGGUAAAAAGAAGUUGUCUGAUGUUUUGGGGCUUAUAGAGCAAGCCAACAAGUUUGAUACAGUUGAUAUUUGGUCUGAUGUUUGGGGGCUUAUAGAGCAAGCCAACAAGUUUGAUACAGUUGAUAUUUGGUACACAUCUACCACAGGUUUUGAGCAUUUCGAAUCCAGAGAAUUGGUUCGUAAGCAGAUCAUGGAGGUGUUGAAAGAUGAUAAUAGAAAUUACAGAAUCGGGAUUCAUGGGAUGGGAGGUUGUGGAAAGACGAGAAUGGCUGAAGAGAUUGCCAAACAAGCUCAAGCAGAGAAGCUUUUUGAUGAGGUCGCCAAGGCAGUCUUCUCCCAAAAUCCAAAUUUGAAAAAAAUUCAAAAAGAGCUUGCUGAGUGUUUAAAUAUGUCAUUUAAAACAGAGACUGAAGUUGGGAGAAAGGGGGAGCUGUGCAACCGACUGAAAAAUGGGAAAAAAAUUCUUGUAAUAAUCGAUGACAUUUGGAAUGAUGAAAUAAAGUUGGAGGACAUAGGAAUCCCAUCUAGCAAUGAUCAUUUCAAGGGCUGCAAAGUUUUGCUGACCUCUCGGAGACGAGAUGUGUGCGUUCAGAUGGGGGUUCAAGAAAACUUCCAAAUUGGACUUCUGCAGGAACAUGAAGCAUGGUACCUGUUUAAGAAAACAGUUGGAGAUUUUAUUGAAUUUCCUCAUGAAAUUCAUUCUGUUGCAAAACAAGUUUGUAGAGAAUGUGAUCAUUUGCCCUUGGCAAUACUUGUAGUUGGAGCAGCAAUGAGGGAUCAGAAGGAAAAGCAUGUGUGGGAUGAUGCACAUGUUCAAUUGAGCAAUUGCAGCGGAGAUAACAUUGAGGGAAUGAACGAAAAAUUGUAUUCCCGCAUUGAGUGGAGCUACAAGUAUCUGAAGCAGACAGAUGCUAGGUCUUGCUUUUUGCAUUGUUCGUUGUUUCCAGAAGAUUAUGAAAUUCCGAUUGAUGACUUGGUGAUGUAUGGAGUGGGAACAAGGUUUCUCAAGCACAACCGGGAUACAAUGAAAACAGCGCGAGAUAGAAUACUUGUAUUAGUUGAUACCUUGAAGAAAUAUCAUUUGUUGUUAGAAGGUGAAAGCAAAGACUUCGUCAAAAUGCACGACAUUAUUCGAGAUGUUGCCAUCUUAAUUGCAUCAAAAGAGGAAUUUCUCUUGAAAACAGAUGUCCGAGAGUGGCCAGAGAGGGAUGAAUAUAAAUCCUGUAAGGUAAUCUCAUUGAGGUUCCAAAUUUGUGAGCUUCCCUAUGAGUUACAAUGUGCAGAAUUACAGACCUUGGUAUUGGAAUGCAACACCGAUAGUAAACCUCAAGCUCCAGAUAAUUUUUUUAAAGGGAUGAAAAAGCUUGAAGUUUUAGAUUUGCGUUCCGUGCGGCUGCCAUCAUCACCUUUAAAUCUGAUCAGCCUUCGGAUGUUGCGACUCUAUAACUGUCAACUGCAGAACCUAGCUUUUCUCAAGGAACUAAGAAAACUUGAGAUACUAAGCGUUAAUGAUUCUAAUCUGAAAGAGGUGGCUGUGGAAGUAGGACAGUUGACUAACUUGCGGUGGUUGGAUUUAAGAGAAUGUGAAAACCUCCGGAUCAUUCCAUCAGGUGUCAUAAAAAGUCUAUCCAAAAUUGAGGAACUGUACAUUCCACAUGAUUUUGGGGAAUGGGGGGUUGAAGGGAAUGCAAGGAUUGAUGAACUUAAUUCAUUGACAGGCUUAACCACUUUACAAAUUCACAUAGGAGAUGGCAUGCUACUGCCCAAUGAGCUCUGCUUUAAGUCCUUGAACAGAUUCAAAAUAUCAGUUGGGUGGACUAAGGGUUUUGGGUAUGAUGAAGAAGACUUAGGAGCACGGAUGUUGAAACUUGAUGAUAUUAGUAUGAGGAAGGAGUUCAAUAUUUUGAUUGAGAAUGGGGAAGCACUUUUUUUACAGAAUGUGGAAGAUUUAAAGAAUGUGCUUCAAUGUGGAGAUGGAAAAGGGUUUCUGGAUUUGAAAUAUCUUAGAAUCGAGGACUCUAGUGACAUGGAACAUCUACUUGGCAGUCCAAAAUGGAAUUUUCAAAGUCACGGUGCUUUCAACAGAUUAAGUGUGUUAGAUAUUAGACGUUGUAGAAUGAAAUUUCUCUUCCACGUAUCCAUGGCAAGAGCUCUUCUACAACUCCAAGAAUUACAAAUACAGGAAUGCGAAAUCAUGGAAGAAAUAAUUCUAGAUGAUGAUGAGGAAGUAAUGAAUAAUGUUACUUUUCAUCAAUUAAAGAAAAUGGAGUUGUACGGACUACCAAACCUCGUAAGCAUAUGCUGCACCAAUAGGAAGAAAACGUCAAGCACGGAUUGCAAUACUUCCGACCUUGCACAAGCUUUCUUUAAUGAAAAGGUUUCAUUCCCUGCUUUGGAAGUACUGGAGGUAAGAGGAUUGAAAAACAUUACAGCAAUAUGGAACAACCUAUUAUUCCUAGAUUCGAAAGCAGAAGAAGAAUCAUCCUUCCACCAGCUAAGGAACAUAAAGAUACUUAAAUGUGAGAAACUGGUAAAUGUGAUAAUUGCAGGUCAAAAAGGAGGAGGAGGAGGAGGAGAGACAAGUGAUGAGAUUAUUGUGUUCCCUCACUUAAAGAUUAUGCAACUUGGAGGGUUGUCAAAACUCAAAAGUUUCUAUGAGUCUAAAAAAGCAACAGUCCAUAAUGACAUUAUUCCCCAAGCACUCUUCAAUUACACGGUCAAGUUCCCUUGUUUGGAGAGCUUCGAGUAUAAAGGACGUGAAAACAAUGUGAAGGAGAUAUGGGACGACACGGUUCCAACAGAUGCUAUUUGUAAACUAAGGGUGUUGAAAGUGUCUUAUUGUGUUGAACUGUUAAGUGUUGCUCCAUCAAAAUUGCUUGGAAGUUUCCACAACCUAGAAGAACUUAGCAUAUUCGGGUGUGACUCCUUGGAAGAGGUACUUAAGGUUGAAGAAGGGUCAAAUGCCGAGGAAGGAAUGGUUGCAAGAGAUGCAGAUAUAGAAAAAGACUUGGAGGACAAUCUUGUGUUCCCUCAAUUGAAAUCUAUAAGCUUCAAGUUUUUGCCACAGCUGAGGAUUUUUUACCGGAGGAGUCGCAUUUAUGAAUUGCCAUCCUUAAAAAGUAUGGCAAUAUUUCGUUGUCCCAAAUUGGAAAUGUUUCCUUGCCGAGUCACUGCCCCCUCACAAUCAUCCUCGAAAAAGGUUGCUUUUCCUGUCUUGGAGCAUUUGACACUCUCGGAUAUGGAUGGAAGCAUCAUCUUUGAAGAUAUUUUGUAUGGCCAUGUCCCAGCAGCCUCAUUUAGCAAAGUUAGAAAGCUGCAGCUGAAUAACUGCAGCGUGCUUGAAGAUAUUUCUACCUUGCUGCUACAGGGGUUUGAAGUUGUUGAAGAACUCAAUGUGGGAUUUUGUGAUUCAUUACAAGUUGUCUUCAACCGUGAAGGACUUGAAGACAUCAAAAGAGGAGCCCCUCAAAUAACAAAGUUGGACCCCUACCACAACCUAACAUCUUUAACAGUUGGAUCUUGCAACAGCCUGAAAUGUUUAUUCUCACUCUCAAUCGCAAGAAAUCUCACAAAUAUUGAACAACUGAAGGUUCGUUGGUGUGAUGCGAUUGAAGAAAUAAUUAAAAAUGAAGAUCAAGGUGAAGAGGAUGGUGGCAUGGAUGAAAUUGUGUUUCCCAAGUUACAGUCUAUGGAGCUUUACCAUCUACCAAACCUCACAAGUUUUUGUUGGGCAAAAAAUGCUUUUAAAUUGCCAUCCCUACGGAAUGUUAGGCUGAUAAGAUGUGACAAAAUGCAGACAUUUACAUCUGGACAGAUAAGCACACCGGUAAUAAAAUUAUGUAAUGAUAACGUUGAACUUGAAGAAGUGAGUGACCUCAAUAAUUAUGUGCAACAGCGUGUUCAAGAAAGAAAGGGGAUUACUACUUAUAAGGAUGAUGAAGGAACAAGUCUUGGCAAAGAGAGAGACUGGAAACCAUGAUGAAGAAGAUAUUUUGCUAAAUGAGUAAAUUAAGUGAUCAUUUUUGGACAGGCUAGUAUUUGGAAGUGGAAGUAAUUUUACUGCAGUUACCAUCCAAGUGACUGAAGUAAAAAGGUGGCGGAUCCAAUCCUUUGGGUUCUCUCUUGCUACUGCCAAGAAAACAUAAUGGCCUUCAAUUCAAGGGGCACCAAAUGCUGACAUGCAAUUUAUUUGGGGACACCAAAAUUGGAAGUUUCAUAUAUGAUUUAUUGUUUGUUUUCUCCCAUAUUCUUUUUCUGCUCGAGUGUGAAUACCGUUGGUGUGUUUUGCUGAAGAUUGUUUAGCUAUGGUUGAAGUGUAUUUUAUUUAUUUAUUUUGGUAUGGAGUUAUGGUUGAAAUAUGUUUGUGUUACAUGAUCA